AUGGACGAAUUGACAAAGCUCGAAGCCCAGAGCGACCAACUCGCCGCUGCGAUUAAGAGCUAUAUCAAGCAUCGGCGGGAUGUGGAAUUAUCUGACCAGCUUCGGGCCAACUCUGAGGCAAACAAGGAACUCAACAAAGCCAAGACAGUCAUCCACGCCAGCAUGGCCAAGAUCAAAACACUGCUCGGUGGGCCAGUGGAGUUACUCCAGGAUCUUGCUCGCCAGGGGUUCCAGAAAUCCAGCUGCGCCGGAUCAUUCGGCUCAUGGGUACAUCCGGAUUCCUUUACCUGGGUCAUCAUGACGCCGACCAACAACACCCUGUUUCGGUUGGAAGAGACAUCUGUAUCGGCAUCUGAGCCGCCGGCAGACCUGGGUGCGGUGCGGGAGCCCGUGGUGAGAUGGUCCUGGCUGCAUGCGACUCGCUCGCUGUUCCCUCUGGUCGGUGCAGUGGUGGGUUUCAGGGGAUUACUUCAUGAUCUCGGCGUGCUGUAG